CUUUAAUUCAUCUGAAAAAGAAUUAAACAGUGAGAAAACGCACAAGCGUCAUACAACUGAUUCCGCUUGGUGUCACAAACGGAAAAAGAAACUUUAGUAUCCUUUCAGUGGCCAGUGUUCACUAAUGAGCAAGAAUUUGAAUAAUGUAGUUCCAGCUAGAACGAGAAUUGAGGACGUCAGACAACCUACUUCUGAGGAUGAAGCAAGACAAACUAAAAAGGUGAAAAUAGUAACCAAAAUGAAUCAAAAGGAAGUAAGCGCUAGAAAAACUGACAAUCCGAAGAUAACUGCACAACUUACAAACAAAGAAAAAGUUGGCGAAAAUCAAACUCAUGGAAAAGAAAAAAAAUGGAACAGAAAAGAAGAACAAGACUCUUUACUCAAAAAUGAACAAGUCCAUUCAGUGAAACUAGAUGAACGACAAAUAAGAGCCGCUUUAUAUAAUUUAGAGAGACCACCAUAUCUACUAAUGCCAUUGUUUUAUUUGUGUCAUUUAUGUUGGAGGUUUCUUCGUAGAUAUCGUGUUCAAAUCACAUUCUUUCAGAAACCGAAAAAAAAAUCAUAUCAGAACUUAGAGAGAACCUACGUUAAAAGCAUUUUAGGCUUGAUAUUUGGCCUAAGUCUAGGCUUUAUGACAUAUUUCUUAUUCAUGAUUACAUUUUCAGGGAAUCCACAUAUAUCCACAAUAAUAAGUGCUUACAUCAUGUUAGUAAGUGUAUUUGGUUUAGCAUUCUCUAGAGAUUUUCAAUGUAUCACACUACUAACAUUUCCAUAUUUAAUUGCUACACGUUUACGCUGGGCAAUUUUAAUCUAUGUAACUGGGAUGUCAUUUAGUGGACCAGUUUUAAAUUUCCUACAUAAUUCAGGUAAUUUCCGCAAUUCCAUUGCUUGUAUCAUAGCACAAGUGAACACAAAUAUGAUGUUAUUGAAGAAAUUAACUCAAGCACCUUUAUAUGUACUGAAAGAUCAAUUAGGAAAUAUUGUUAGCGGCAUUAACACUAUUCUGAAUCAUUUGAAAAACUUAUUAUCUAAAAUUACUUUUUCCAUUAUACGAUUAACUAAUGUAAUGAAAAGUCAAUCCAGUUGGACACGCUCGUUAAGUGAAGCAUGUGGAGAUAAAGUCGCUUUGAUAAAUCAGUGUUUGGCUUUUUUUAACAACAUUUACUUCAGUUGUACUAAAAGUUUAGGUAUUUUUAGGAUGCUUUGUAAAUUUGUCAGAUUUUUUGCCAAAGAUACUUGUGUUGCAUCUGAAAAAUUGACAUCUUUAUGCAAAAAACAAAGUUCAGUACUUGUAGAUACACUGGAUAUUACAACAAAAACAGAUUUAAUGAAGCAACACGGUGACAUAAUCAAUUUGAUUGGUAAUGAAAACGUAACAAUUUUUGGAAAUGUAAGUGAAAUAGAAGGAGUUGUUUUUGAAAAUACUAUAUCAAAUAAACUUAAACAAAGAAUGGAUAAUUUUGUACGAACAAUUGAUGCCGUGAAAUCUAUAUUAUCUUGGGUUUUAGUGGCAUGGACGCUUUUCACCAUGUUUCUAUUAGUUGUACAAGCAGCUAUAUUUAAAAAGAUAUGGUUAACAAGAUCCGCAUAUGAUAACUUUUAUAUAACCGAAGAAUUUAUUAAACAAGAAGUAGAAGCCUUUAAACGUGGCUUAGUACCUACAGUCCCAUUAAUUGGUAAAGAAAAAAGUCAAUACAAGACAUUAUGGAGUUUUACUUGGACUACAUCCGAAAAACAAACGGCAGCAUUCACUACACUAAUGCUUUUAACAUGGAGUACUUCAAUUAUUCUAAUUAUGCUAAAUGAUUAUGCAAUGUAUCAAAUUUUUAAUAUUGUCUCAGUUUUAUUUUCAUAUGAUAUUUCUGAUGUGGAAAAUUAUGUUGAAGACCAUCAACGUACACAUGAAGGUGAAAUGAAUGAUUUAUACAUUGAUAGUGAUUCAUCAUUUGCUAGUAUUAUACAAGCAUUAAUGAAUUUAAUGAAUCCAUUGAAAAAUAUUGCAUUAAAUGUCGAUGCAAGCAUUUGUCAACCAACUCUGACUUCACCAAAUUUUUAUACAUAUGGUACCAUAUGUUUAUUAUUAGGUGUAUCAUUUUUAAGUAUUAUUUUUCAAGUGUAUAUUAUGCGUUUACGACAUGUCAUCAUGAUAUGGUACUAUCCGAAGGGAGCAGCUAAGCGUGCAGCCUGGCUUCGCAUACACAUAAGAAGUAACCGUGGUUUGUACAGUCGUGUUUUGCACAAAAUUCGAACGAUCGAUAUCACACAGAAGCAUCGAUCGCAAAAGUUGUCACGAAUCGGGAGAUUUUUAAGUCGUAAUCCACGUCUUGCAUAUGUUCUUCGGUUAUUCGGAAUUCGACGUGUCAUGUGUGCGUUUUGUGGUAGUGACGGGAAUCCAGCAAAGAAAAUUGAAUUUAAACAGAAUUUCACACGCUGUGUAGAAUGUGGUGUUUAUUAUUGUCGUCUAUGUCAAAUAACACUGGAUCAUGUAUGUUUGAUAUGUGGUACACCAAUGUUUUCGAUGUCGGUUGAAGUAGAUUUUGAACAGUAUUCAACAGAUGAAGAGAAAGAAAAUAUCAAUGCUCGAUAUUUCAGAAUGAAUACGCAAAGUUCAGUGGUAUCCUCUGACAAAUCUGAUGAGAAGAAACUCAAAGGUUUUGCAAAGAUUCUAAACAUUUUGCGAAUUCCAAUGCUUAAAAAAUUAUUUGUUCGCAAGCGUCGACAACAAUCGUAACAACAAUGUAUGUCAAUGUAUGUAUUAUUUUUAAUGUAAUAAAUGCGUAAAUAAAGUGUUUUUCAUUAUU